AUGGGUGGCGACGCUGCUAUUAACCGCCCGCUGCGCGCCAAUUACAGGCUCCGGAAGCGGGGCCCGGGCGUGCGGUGCGGCUGCGUGCCCGCGAGGAAGCUGGAAGACCAUCCAUAUGGUGGUUUUUACAAGUGUCACCAACCAGCAAUUUUAUUGCGAGAUCUGGAGCUAAUAAAGACAGUUCUGGUUAAGGAAUUCCACAAUUUUAGUGACAAUGAAUUCCAAGUGAGUGAAGAAGUUGACCCAGUAGUUGGAAAAAGUCCAUCUGCACAGCAAGAGGAAAGAUGGAAAGUCACAAGAAAUCUCUUGACUCCAGCAAUGACAGUAGCAAAAAUUCGACCAAUAUUCCCUUUGAUGAUGGAAGUUACCAAGGAGGCCUUGGUAUACUUAGAAAAAUUGCCAGAAGCCAGGAGUCAAGAUGGUGUGGAUAUUAAGCAGUUUUCACUUCAGUUUGCAACAGAUAUCAUUGCAUCAAGUGUCUUUGGUCUUAAAGGAAAUGCUUUCAGAGACCCGGAGGCUGAUUUUUGGAAUAUGGCUCAAAACAUAGUAGUGCCAAAUUUAUGGAAAGACCUAAAACAUUUUGUAGUUGUUAAAGCACCAAAGCUUGCUGAAAUUCUCGGAUUCAGGAUAGUUGAUGCUGAAGUGUCAGACUUCUUUUAUAGAGCAGUGAAACAUGUUGUUUCCUAUCGGGAUGAGAACAAUUUCAAGAGGAUGGAUUUCAUGCAAAUGAUGAUGCAGAUACAUAAAACAGACUCAGAUGAGAACACAGGUUACAACUUAGAAGACAUCGCAGCGCACGGGACGAUGUUCUUCACGGAGGGGUGCGACCCGUGCGCGACUGCCCUCGCCUUCACGCUGUUCGAGCUGGCGCACAACGCGGACGUGCAGGAGCAGCUGCGGGAGGAGGUGGUGGCAGCCACUGGGGCGGAGCUCACGUACGAGAAGCUGCAGGAGAUGGAGCUACUCGACCGCGUCGUCUCUGUGCAGGCUUAA